CCCGAACAAAUCAGAUAUGCAAUGGCGAAGAUUAUCACAAAUUCCCUUUUUCUACUGCUGGGAGCUCUUUCUUUCGUAGCAACGAUCCAAGGCCAGGAUCAAUCAGGAUUUAUUAGCAUAGACUGUGGAUUGCCUGAAAAUUCUAACUACACUGAGAAGAAUACAGGAAUCAAUUACAUUUCAGAUGCUAAUUUCAUUGAUUCUGGUGUAAGUAAAACUGUGUCGCCCCAAGAUAAGACUACUCAUCCACAAUACUUUACUUAUCUUCGGAGCUUUCCUUAUGGAACAAGAAACUGUUACAGAAUAAAUGUAACAAGUGUUACUAGAUAUUUAAUCAGGGCUAGUUUCCUGUACGGAAACUAUGACGGUCUUAAUAAGCUCCCAGAAUUUGAUCUUUAUCUUGGAGUUCAUUUUUGGGACACGGUGAAAUUCACAAAUUCAUCCGUCAGCAUAAACUAUGAAAUUAUACACACUCUAUCGACGGAUUAUAUCCAUAUCUGUAUGGUUAACAAAGGCAAAGGGACAUCAUUCAUUUCAGUCAUAGAAAUGAGGAUUUUGGACAAUGUCAACAAUACUUAUACCACUCAAGAUCCAACUACGUCAUUGGCACGUUUUCGAAGGUUGGAUGUUGGUAUCAGCAACUUAACCUACAGGCGAGUCCCUUUUUUGCAUAACCAAAAAAAUUACAGGUAUGAAGAUGAUCCAUAUGACCGGAUAUGGGAGCCUUAUUGGGACGACAAGUGGACACAAUUAAGCAGUGGAUUUAGCAGUGAUAACUUGAUUCAGAAUGACUUUAAAGUACCAGCAGUUGUGAUGGAGACUGCAGCUACACCAAAAAAUGCUACUGCCUCAUUAGACUUCCAGUGGGAGGAUGAUUAUGCAGAUAACAAUGAAACUCAGCACCAAUACUAUUUCUACUUACACUUCGCUGAGUUUCGGAAGCUAGAGGAAAAUCAAACAAGCUCAUUCAAUAUCUCCUUAAAUGACGUGCCUUGGGUAAGAAGGGAACUUGUAUACGGUAUUGCAUACACCAGAUAUACUACAAGCCCUUUGUUUGGACACAAAAACUUUCACAUUUCAAUUAUUCGGGCAGAAUCUUCCUCCGUUCCACCAAUCAUCAAUGCUCUUGAGAUUUAUUUAGUGAAAGAUUUCUCAUCACAGUUAGAAACCCAAAAAGAUGACGCGGAUGCAGUCACAAACAUGAAGAGGACUUAUAAAGUGGACAGUAAAAACUGGGAAGGAGAUCCAUGUGCACCCAUUGCAUACAAGUGGCAAGGUGUAGACUGUACCUCUUAUGAUGGCUUUCUAAGAAUCACAUCCUUGAAUUUGUCUUCAAGUGGACUGACCGGACAUAUAGCAGUUGAUAUAUCCAAGCUUACCAUGUUAAAGUCCUUAGAUUUAUCAAACAAUGAGUUAAGGGGGACUAUUCCUUCUUUUCUGGCACAACUGCAAUCACUAGAAUACUUGAAUUUGGCAAACAACAACCUAACAGGUUCGGUUUCAAACGAACUCCUUCAAAAACAAAGUGAUGGUCUAUUAUCCUUGAAUGUGGGGCAAAAUCCAAAUCUAUGUGCAUCAACUUCAUGUAUCUCGCAAUCAACUGAUACAAGAAAGAAAGAGAAUAAUGCAGUUAUUGCAGUGGUAGCAUCAAUUGCGGGGAUAUUACUGCUUCUAGUGAUUAUAGCCGCAUUUAUAAUCUUCCUCCAGAGAAAGCAAUAUGCCUGGUUCGAGAGGGAGCACAAGUCGCUUGUGGGAAUGGCUUCUAGUAUCACCAUGGAGCAUGUUGAGUCUCAAAGGGGAAGGGAUACUAUUCUUUCUCAAUGGGGAGGCAAGAAGAGUCGUUCUUCAAGUGAGCCUAGAGGUAAGGACUCUAACUUCUUAGAAGAAAGAGUUUCUAUGUUGGAAAAUGUUCUAUCCUCUACGGAUGAGCGGUUCCAAAGGAUAGAACAUGACAAGGAGACCCUCGAGGCUCACGUAUUAGGAGAACUAGAUGCUUUCAAAGAAAGCAUGCUCCAAAUCGAAGAGAAGCUUGAGAAUUCCUUAAAGAUAUUUGAGGAAGUUCGAGUUUGGUUCGAGGAGGCAAAAUCUCAACCAACCAUUAUAAGGGAGACGACAAAGAUUGAUCUCCCCAAGCCAAAGGAGUUCAAGGGCGUAAGGGACGCUCGCGAAGUGGAGAACUUCCUAUGGCAAAUGGAGAGGUACUUCGAAGGCCAAGGGGUGGUCGAAGAAGCAAUAAAGGUACGCACUGCAGCUGUUAAGGAUGUCGAUGAGGCCAUCGUGGUGGCCGAAUCACUCACUGAGUAUCAUAGGGGAGACUCUAAACCCAAGUCUUCCUCCAAGCCUAGUUCUGCUAAAGGUGGGGGAGACAAGGGGAAGAGUUUCUCAACCAAGAAGGAAGGAAAAUACUCUUCAAAGAAAGAGUACGAAGAAAAGAAGAAGGCUUUCGUGCCCAAAGGAGGAUGCUUCGUGUGCAAGGGACCACACCAAAUGAAGGAUUGUCCCAAGCUAGGGACUUUGGCAUCUAUCGCCGAGGAACGAGAAGCUCAAAUUCAAGUAACUGAGUGUGUUGGAUCUAUCCAACACAUAAAUGCUGUGAAGAGAAAAGAGGCAAGCACUGUAGAAAAGAAAGGCUUAAUGUAUGUCAAAGCCUUUAUCAAUGAAAAACCUGUCAUGGCUAUGAUCGACACUGGUGCUACACACAACUUCAUCACGCCUGAUGAAGCAAGGAGGCUUGGGUUGAAGAUCACCGAAAAUAAUGGUUGGUUCAAACCCGUAAAUACCAAGGGUGGACCCCUUAAGGGAGUAGCAAAAGGGGUUGAGAUGACUCUUGGUUCUUGGAAGGGCCUUGUAGAUUUCUCAGUAGCACCCAUGGAUGAUUUUAAAAUAGUCAUCGGGCUCGAUUUGCAAAGGAAGGCAAAUAUAAUACCUAUGCCAUACUACAAUAUAGUAUGCGUCAUGGAGAAAGGGUCUCCAUGCAUGGUCCCUACAAUCUCAAAGGCUGGAGGAAUUCCGAUGCUCUCGACCAUGCAACUCAAGAAAAGUUUCAAGAAGGGAGAGACUACAUAUUUGGCUCUAUUACAAGAGGAGUCAAUAUCCGAAAGAGAAGACGUUCCUCCCAAAAUUAAGGAAGUCAUUGAAGAAAAUAAGGAUGUGAUGCCUCCCGAGUUGCCAAAGCAGUUACCACCUAGAAGAAAGAUGGAUGACAACAUUGAAUUGGAGUUAGGAGCGAAACCGCCUAUCUCAAAACCAUACAGGAUGUCGGCCAUUUCUAUGGUGGAAGGAGAUAUUGUGCAUACCAUCAAGGAAGGGUUGCAUCACGACCCAUUAGCCAAGAAGUUGGUGGAGUUGGCUAGAGAAGGACAUGCUGCUAGGAACAUUAUUCUUGGGAAACGUCGUAGUUCAAUUAAGGGGUCAGAAUUGGAAUCGAAGCAACGACAAUAUUCAUUUAAUGAGGUUGUUAAGAUGACCAACAACUUUGAUAGGAUUCUUGGCAGAGGUGGAUUCGGAACAGUUUACCAUGGCUUUAUUGAAGACAUUCAAGUGGCUGUCAAGAUGUUUUCUCUAUCUUCAGUGCAUGGAUAUCAACAAUUUGUUGCAGAGGUUAAGCUUCUAAUGAGAGUACAUCAUCGAAAUCUGACUUCUCUUAUUGGCUAUUGCAAUGAAGAAACUAAUAUAGGACUCAUCUAUGAAUAUAUGGCAAAUGGAAAUUUAGAUGAACAUCUUUCAGGAAAAAACAACCGGAGAAGGUCCUUGAAUUGGGAAGAUAGACUUCGAAUAGCAUUAGAUGCCGCCCAAGGAUUGGAAUAUCUGCAUAAUGGUUGUAAGCCACCUAUAAUCCACAGAGAUGUAAAAUGCACAAAUAUUCUAUUAAAUGAAAACUUGCAUGCCAAACUCGCUGAUUUUGGAUUGUCCAAAUGCUUUGCGGCUGACGGCGAUACGCAUGUGUCGACAAUUGUGGCGGGAACUCCAGGCUACCUAGAUCCUGAGUAUACAACAUCAAACAGAUUGACAGAGAAAAGUGAUGUGUAUAGUUUUGGAGUAGUUCUUUUAAGGAUAAUCACAGGUCAGCCAGUAGUAAUGGUAAGGGAAGACAUGAUUCAUCAUAUAAGUCAGCGUAUUAAUACAAUGGUUACUAGAGGGGAUAUAACAAAAAUUGUUGACUCAAGAUUACAAAAAGAUUUCGACAGCAACUCUGCAUGGAGAGCAGUUGAAAUAGCAAUGACCUCUGUGUCUGCCAUUUCAGUGGAAAGACCAUACAUGAGUGAUAUAGUGAAAGAGCUAAAGGAGUGUUUGGCUGCAGAAUUAGCUCGAAAACAUACUAGUUGUGACCUUCAAAAUGAAGAUUUGGUUGGGCAGGUGAGUCUAAACUUGAUUAGUACUGAUAUCACUCCCAUAGCUAGGUAGGUUCAUAGUUCAUUUCUAAUUAAUACUAUUACCACUGUACUAAAGUAAAAUAAAAUAGCUUCGGAAUUAUGUUGCAUUUUAAGUUCAAUUUGUUGUAAUAAUAGCUAGCAAGUUAGCUAUUUUAUCUUUUAAUUUGUUGCUUUGUAUUUUAUUAUAUAUAACAAGAUCUGUUAUAUUCAGUUAUCAUCGAAUAAUUAAGUUUUGUGUCUUGUAUGUUUAGUGAGAUUAUCAUAAUAAUUUAUCUAAUAAUUGAAUUGA